UCGUUUUGUAAAUCAUUUACAAUUAAACCCAAACACACUUUGAUUAAUUUGAUCAUACAUACAACAAAACACUUCAGCAAUGGCUACCAUGAACAAUUAUGUGUUUACCCACAAAUUAUCUCAACCAACCAAACCAUCCAUUUCAUCUCCAUCCCCCUUGUUUCUUACUUCAUCUAAAUUCUUUAAUAAAUCAAGAAACAGUCACAAUAAUUAUGAUAAAGUACACCCACUUACUAAAUCGGUUGCAAAAGACAGAGAGGUAGUUACAGAAAAGAUUACCAGUUUAAAACAAGAUGAUGAUGAAGAAGAAAAUAAAAGUGAAUUAUUAUUAUCAUUAGGGGAGAAGGAGGAGGAUAAAGAUGAUGGGUUUGUGGGAAAAGCAAUAAAUGCUUCAAUAGUUCUUGGUUUUGGUACUAUUGCUGUUACUAGGUUGCUCACUAUUGAUCAUGAAUUUUGGCAUGGAUGGACCCUUUAUGAGAUACUUAGAUAUGCUCCCGAGCACAAUUGGAUAGCAUAUGAAGAAGCUCUUAAACAAAAUCCUGUAUUGGCGAAGAUGGUUAUAAGCGGGAUUGUUUAUUCUUUGGGUGAUUGGAUUGCACAGUGUUAUGAAGGGAAGCCACUAUUUGAGUUUGACAGGACACGCUUGUUUCGAUCAGGCCUUGUUGGAUUCACUCUUCAUGGUUCUCUUUCUCAUUACUAUUACCAAUUAUGUGAGGCCCUUAUUCCUUCCAAAGAUUGGUGGGUAGUUCCUGCAAAAAUAGCAUUUGACCAAACAGUAUGGUCAGCAGUGUGGAAUAGCAUCUAUUUUGUGGUUUUGGGUUUGCUGCGGUUCGAGUCCCCUGCAAAUAUAUUCAAUGAACUCAAAACAACAUUCUUACCAUUGUUGACGGCUGGAUGGAAGCUAUGGCCAUUUGCACACCUAAUAACCUAUGGGGUGAUUCCUCUUGAGCAAAGACUUCUUUGGGUGGAUUGUGUGGAACUGGUAUGGGUGACAAUACUGUCGACGUAUUCUAACGAGAAAUCAGAAGCACGGAUUUCAGAUGCAGUAUCAGACGUAGACCCAAGUUCUUCAUCAGACAAACAAUAAUUAUAUUCUUGAUCGGUUUGACAUCUACUUGCAUCUUUUAUGGAGACAUGUAUAAACUUUGCAUGAAGUCCUUACACAACUGGUCUGUUAAAGAUUAAAAAAAAAUAAAAUGUUGAUAUGUAAUGUAGCGUAAAUAUGUUGUAUUUGUCACACACGGGGGCAUAUUAUAUCGGGUAUCAUCAUGUCAGAUACCAGUAUAUAUGCAUAAAAAGUUGUAUGUUACAUAGUCUCCAACCAUUAAUUUGGAGAAAUUAGAGACUUGAAUUGUGUAUGGGUUCCCAAUUUGUGAUUAUAAAGAUGAUUCAAAAGCGUUUGUCUAA